CCCUUGGUCGGAUCAGUACCACUUCCCCGAGCCUGGGGCGCAGUGUCCUCUGCCAUGGGCACCGCUGGCUCCCGCGCGCUCUCCAGCCUCGGCCUCCCUGCGCCCGCGCGGCCCGCAUGGCUGGGUGUUGCCGUGCUGGCGGCCGUGGCCCUGGGGGCGGUGGCCUGGCGCCUGUGCCCCAGGCGACGCCGGCGGUGGCGGCAGGUGGGCACGGUGGCGCAGCUCUGGAUCUACCCAAUCAAGUCCUGCAAAGGGGUGCCGGUGCCCGAGGCCGAGGUUACAGCACUGGGGCUGCGCGUGGGUCACCUGCGCGACAGGUUUUGGCUCGUGGUCAACGAGGAGGAGAACAUGGUGACCGCCCGGCAGGAGCCUCGCAUGGUGCUGAUUUCUCUGACCUGUGAUGGUGACACCCUGACUCUCAGCGCAGCCUACACCAAGGACCUGCUGCUGCCCGUCAAGACGCUGGCCACCAACCCAGUGCGCACGUGCAGGGUGCAUGGCCUGGAGGUGCAGGGCCGGGACUGUGGCGAGGCGGCUGCGCAGUGGAUAACCAGCUUCCUGCAGUCACAGCCCUGCCGCUUGGUGCACUUCGAGCCGGACAUGCGGCCCCGGAACUCUCGGCAAAUCAGGGCAGCAUUCGCGCCUUCGGACCAGGUUGCCUACUCGGAUGCCAGCCCGUUCCUGGUUCUCUCUGAGGCCUCCCUGGCCGAUCUGAACUCCAGACUGGAGAAGAAAGUGAAAGCGUCUCACUUCCGGCCCAAUCUCGUCAUUGCGGGAUGUGGCGCCUACGCAGAGGACUCCUGGGACGAGCUCCUCAUUGGGGACGCGCGGCUGCGAAGGGUGAUGCCCUGCACCAGGUGCAUCCUCACUACGGUGGACCCGGACACCGGCGUCAUGAGCAGGAAGGAGCCGCUGCAGACCCUGCGGAGUUAUCGCCAGUGUGACCCUUCAAAACAGAAGAUAUAUGGACAGUCACCGCUCUUUGGACAGUACUUCGCUCUGCAAAGCCCAGGGACAGUCAGGGUGGGAGAUGCUGUGUACUUGCUGGGCGAGUAGUGGGAAUCCGUGUCCUGGAUGUUGGACGCCUCCCUAAAGUCCUCCAAGAUGACUGCAUGUGGCACAGUGCCUGAGAUCCACGACUUAAGUACAAGGUUUAAUUUGGUUCACGGUUUCAAGAGAACGGUCCCUGGUUAUCAAGCCUUUGUCUUCUUUGCAGCUCCAGAUCUGUAAUUUCUGCAUGUUUUUCUAAGGACGAUUAAAUUAGAGCUAGAUGGAGAUGGAUGAGACUUCCUGGGUGUUGCGAUUUAGACCUGAAAUGUCGUCAGAAGUCUCCAGUGUGUGGCGGAAGGUGGUGGGAUCAUGGGGCGUGGUGCUCCUGGGCAUUCCUUCGCCCAGCCGGGUUGACACAUUGGGGCAACAGUCACAGCUU